CAUGAAUGAGAGGGGUGCGGGGGUGUAGGGCCGCGGGGGACAGGGCUAAGGCUUUUUUCAGGCAGUUGGCAAAGAGACGCGUUGGGAGGUGCACGUGUAGUGUCGCGACGCGUGUGGGUGUAUUACAAGUGCGUUCGAAGUUCAUUUAAGUGUUUAUAAUUCAUUACCAAAAGAUGUCGGACCCGGCUCCGUUGUCCAAGACGGCUAAAUACAAGAAAAUAACUAAACCAUUGCUGGAGCGGAAACGUCGGGCGCGCAUCAAUCGAUGCUUAGACGAACUCAAAGACCUAAUGGUCGGAGCGUUGGAGAUCGAUGACGACAACCUAAGUAAGCUGGAGAAGGCCGACAUCCUUGAACUAACCGUUAACCACCUCACAAAGUUGCACAGCCCGAAGGAUCCGGUUCUGGAAGCAAAGAAGUUUCAGGCGGGCUUCGGACAGUGUGCGGCCGAAGCAUGCCGCUUCAUAAUGUCCGUACCGGAUUUGGACGCGAACGUUAGCCAGAACUUGAUCAGCCAUUUGUCACGAUUGAUCACGGCGCAACCCCUCACCAUUCAGGUACCGGAACGAGCUACUUUCUCUCCACCUACCUCACCGGUGUCCGUUGUCUCUGACCGACAUCAUUACUAUAGCGAUCACGAGAGAUCAUCAUCGGACGCUGAGGAUUCUAUUUACUCUGUGGACGGCCCCAAGCAAUGGGCUUACGGCGGACAAAGCAGGGCACACAAAUCUGAAAACGGGUUGCUCACGACAGUUGACAAACUCGUCGUCUCACACCACGUUGUCUCCGAACAAAUGAACGGUUCGGUACACGGGCAAAAAAACACAUAUUUCAACAGAGUUCCGGCCGAGGCGAAGGAUAUUAUCCUACAAAAAAUACGACAGCACAUAAUGGACAAGCGCGGCAGUGACUACAGCGACACUAGCAGCAAUGCCGACUUAUCGGAACAGAAGUAUAUACACAGGGACGACGUGUACAGAGGCGACUACACGUGCCAAUAUUCGCCCGCGAACGGGCUCAUUAGUAAUGAAACUUUGGAUCUCAGAAAAGUUAGGUCGCCGAAAAACGAGGCGGGCUCACCAAAGAAGCCGAUAACACGUCAAGCGGCCGGUCAGCCGGAAACAAUUCCGCCACCGGAGAGCAAAGUUGAAGUGACACUCGAUCUUCCGGAACGAUGCGAAUUGCCGAUGGAUUACAGCAAUUUGCCGCCUAAAAAGAAAAGGAAAUUAAUCGAGUACCAAGAGUACAAAAAGCAAGAAGCGGCAAGGCGGCGUCUUGAAGGUUUUUGUGGUGAGAAAAAAGAGCGUGAAGGCGAUGGACCACCGGCCGACGAAGAAGGCAACAAAUGGCGCCCUUGGUGAUAUGUUUUUACCGGCGCGUCACUCUUUCAUUGUGAUAUUGUAGUCUCUUCCAUGACAAAGCUUUAAUUCGUUUUAAUAAAUGUUAAUGCCUUAAUUAGUUUGUAUAGGUUAUAAUCGAUUCUAGAUUAUUUAAACGAGUAAUGUAUGUGCCUUUAUAAUGCACUUGAAAAUUUAUUUAUGUGCCAUUUAUUGUGUUUGAUCUCGCUGUCUUCCUAUUAACGUUUUGUUGUCUUCCAUUAUUUUGGUAUGACUUACGUUUGUUAUUGAAAAACAUUUUGUUAAUAAACGAUAUCUUUCAAUGUGA